AAUACGAUUCCGCCCCACACUGUAAACUGGAAAUAUGGCGACGGCUGUCUUACGACUCUCGAGGCAGGUUGUAUCGAGAAAUACGGCCAUAGGUAGCUGCAAAUCUGGUCUGAAACCAACGAACAUAUCGAAGUUUACCCCAUGCCGGACUGUGGUGUCGUCUAGUUCGGGCACUAUUCUACCCAGACCUGACAAAACGUCUUUUGGACUCAUCCGCAUGACAGCUGUGGUGGUGCCUUUCCUCUAUGUGGGAACUCUGAUCAGUAAGAAUUUUGCCGCUCUGUUGGAAGAGCACGACAUCUUUGUCCCAGAAGAUGACGAUGAUGACGACUAAAUGGCCGACUGACUCAGUGCAAUUUGCAGUCAUGAUGGCAUGCCAAUACAAGGAAGGAGAGAGACUUCCCGUGGCAGAAGAUUGCUGCACCACUCCAUGGCCUUCCCUCUUUCAUCUUCCUUUAUCCUCACCUCAUAUCAAAGAUAUUUUAUUUCAAUAUUGUGAGGUCAAUCACGACUAGGCCUUCACUCUUGUUUGCAUGUGUCUUAAACUCAAUAAACGAGUCUGUGGAAACACAAGGUACUGUUAGUGCUCGCUCUUA